AUGCUCACAAAUCUAUUUGUUUCUUCUCUUGUACUGUGUACAAGUCUACUCAUCAAUGCCACUCCAAUUUACAAAAGGGAUGUAGGACCAUUGUUUGGUCCUUCGGGUAUACCUUCUCCUGAUGAUAUUGAGCAGCACCACCUCGAUUGCGGAUACGUCGCAUCUAUCAUGACACUCGCAGAUCGAGCUCCGCUAUACGUCAAAUCUCUAAUAACAUUUGAUGAAGGAGCAGGUUUCAAUUCGAUAGAACAAGUAACAUCGACAUGUUGGACUUUACCUAAAGAUGAAGAAGGUGUUAAAUCUGAAAUUAGGAAAACUCAGUUGAACGUUGGGGAUGUGAGACAUCGUAAUGAUUCAAAGACUGAUAUCUGGUGGCCAGGAGCGUUAUACCAAGCGCCAAUUCAUCAAGGUAUAGUAACCGAUCCAAGGGGUGAAGGGGGUAUGCCAUCCCUCGCACCGGGAGUAGCAAUGACGAUGAUCACUGGUAAACGAGCUGAGGGAAAGGAACCUAAAGAUUUAGAAGAUUUCUGGCAAAUUAUACUAAAAGUUAAUGAAAGUCCUAUGGUACUUCAGACCAAAGCCGAGGGAUGUACUACCCUUUGGGGUGCACAUGCCUAUGCUAUUACCAAAGCGACUGAAAAUACUCCAGGAGAUAGAAUGGUCGAUUUGAUCAAUACCAAUGGAGAGAGAGAACACUUAAAAGCCCAACAGGUAUUUGACGAUACAGUGUUAUUGGUCAAUUGGGUAGAUUAUCCUUCGUUCGUAGAUGAAAGAGCACCAUAG